AUGGCACCCACGAAGCCACACCUCCGUCCUAUCAUGACACCAAAGAACAUGUCCUUCCCUUCGGAACUCUACUACAACAGCCCUCGAACAGCUGCCUCAGAUACCAUCAAGGAAGAAGAGCCUAGUCGACCCUCACUGUCUCCUCCGUCAUCCUACACGGAGUUUCUCAAAACCCUCACACCUGUCUUCAGCCCGGCCAGCGCCAAUGGCCCUAGCUUCCCUCGCUCUACAUCAUCAUCGUCGUUAGCAUCCUCCAACAACGGCCCUCAUCCAUCACCUAUCUCGAUCUCAUCCAGUCCUGCCAGCGCUACCUUCCCUGUGGCACAGAAGGCUUCUUCUAAGAAGAAGCGCAACUCGACGUUUCUUCAACCACCAUCCCCGGUAUCUGCACCGCUGUCCGCGAAGACAUCUAGCUCCGCAGGAUGUAUGCUCCCCCCCCCGCCGUAUGUGGCAUACUCGCCUGCUGUGAGCCCGCCGCGGAGCGCAACCGUUGUUCGAUCUCCGCACCCUUCCCCGGAAUGGAGGAUUCGGUACGUUGGCUCCCCAAGGAGUGGGACUGUACCGCCCACGCCUCGAUCUGUGAGCGUACAGCAUAUUGUUACAACGACGGUUACGUUUAAGCGUCCGCCGCCGCUUGGUCCGCCCCCGAAGGGAAAGAAGAGAAGGGUUAGGAAGGAGGGUCAAUGA